AUGACAUCAAAUAAUGUUCCUGCUGCCAAGUCUAGCUCUCAAUACAUUCGAAACAUUGGUGUCCAUGAAAAUGUUAUGCCUCUGAUAAAGGUUCAACCUGAGCACCUCAGCAAGAAAAUUGAUAGCAAGACAAUUAUAUCAACAAUUCAGAAAUACAAGAAACAACAAGCUGAAGAAGAAUUAGAAUUAGGAAGGCAGAUGGCUGCCAAGAAGCAAAGCUCUUCUUCAAGUUCUUCUUCCUCUGGACACAUUGGUAAUUCGUCUGCAAUAGCUGCAAUAUCUAAGGGCAAAAGGAGGAGGAAAAGCUUUAUGUCUUCUACAUCUACAAUAGCAAUGGUAAAUCAGGGAUACAAUGGAACAUCUUCUGAAGGUUCUCCAACUUCUAUCUUUUCUACUAUACCCUGUACGCCUUCAAGUUUGAUCCCCAAUACUAGCACAACUUCAUUUUCUUCAAAUUCUUUUGCAACUUGCUCCUUUAAUAAUCCUGGACCUCAUCCUGUUCAAAUGCAUCUAAUUCAUAAAUUACCUUCUGAUCAGCUUAUUAAUCAAAAUGUGGCUGAGUCUCCAAUGAAUCAUGAAAGUAAUCAUCAAAUUCCAUUGCUGAGUAGUAGCAGCCUUUCAGGUGCCUCUCAAAAUGGAUUGAAUACAGCUAGAGCAUUCGUACAACCUUGUACGUCGACCGAACGUCUCAGCAGUUUUGGUGAUCUGGUUUCAUUUGUCCCUCACUUGGCCAAUACUCUGGUUUAUUUACCCGGAUCUAUUAACACCAACAAUCAAUGCAAUGGACAAUCAUUAGAGCAAUCCUGUAACAAUGACUUAAAACCAUCUCCUAGGUUAAUAGAGAAGGUAUCUAACUUUGAUAUAAUAGGAGACACUUUACUCUCCAACUCGAAGGGCGUAACGCUUAUCUCUUCUCCUCAUAGAUCAGAAAGUCCUGUUGACCACCAGAACCCUAUUUUGAAUCUUACAAAUAUACAUUGGAGUCAAAAUCCUAACCAAAGUACACUGAAGAACUCUGCAUGCUUUCAGCCACCUCACCCAAAAUUUGUCAAUGGUUGCAUUCGGUUUGAAAAGUCAUCGGCUGGAUCUCAUUCCAUUAUGAAGGUUGAUGAAGUUUCUUUUCAAGACACAUUGCAAGAUCAAACUAAGGGGGAAUUUGGGUAUGCUACAAAUGCAAGCAAUUCAAAUGACGAUAAAUUCUUGGAUCCCUCCAAAAGUAAUUUGGAACGAGCUUUGGAUGACCUCUACUUCGAGUACAUGCAAGUAUCGAAUGGUUUUAUUUACAGCAACUACGCUGCUGUCACAGGAACUGCGUUUGGUCCCUUUUCAAGCGAAUUAUCUCUUCAAUCAUCUACAAAUACAUCACAUGGGGACAUAAAUUGUGAUGACGUUAGUAAGUGUUCAUUAUGA